AUGGCACACAAUAGCCUGGCCUGGACUGAAACACUUCCAACUGUUCUUCUUGGCUUACGCACAGCUAUGCAGGAAUACUCUGCAUAUACCAUUGCUCAAAUGGUUUAUGGACAAAAUAUACGAUUACCUGGAGAAUUUUUCUCCGAUAGCACAACUCCUACACCUGACAUUUUUGUCAAGCAGCUGAAAGAAACUAUGGAAACAAUUGGACCAAGAACAGUAUCUGAUAAAUAUGUCCAAAAAAUAUUCGUCCCUAAAGGUGACAGAGUUAAAAAGAAAUUAGAACCCCCUUAUGAUGGUCCUUUUCAAGUGGUUAGCAGAAAAGAAAAAUAUUUUACAGUAAAAAUUAAUCACAAAGAUGUUACAGUGUCUAUUGACAGAUUAAAGCCUGCAUAUUUCUUGCAAACACCAGACAUUACUACGAAGCAACCAACAACGUCAAUGAGACAACCUGUCAAACCUCCAACAGACUUACCUCCUAAAAUUAACAAGUUUCCUGCAAAACAGUCGCGUGUAGGGCGGACAGUAAAACCCCCUGUGCGAUUUCGAGAUUAG